UGGAAGAAGAUAAGGAGGAAGAGAAUUUCCCCGGCCAUGUCAGCUUCCAAUAUUACUUCAACCCACCCAGCUACCUUCUUGUUGAUGGGGAUCCCAGGCCUGGAGCACCUGCACAUCUGGUUCUCUAUCCCCUUCUGCUCGGCCUAUGUACUGGCCCUGCUUGGAAACUGCACCCUCCUUCUCAUUAUCCAGGCUGAUACAACCCUCCAUGAGCCCAUGUACUUCUUUCUGGUCAUGCUGGCUGCCAUCGAUCUGGUCCUUUCCUCUUCAACAUUGCCUAAAAUGCUUGCUAUUUUUUGGUUCAGAGAUCGGGAGAUUAACUUCUAUGCCUGUCUGGUCCAGAUGUUCUUUCUGCACUCCUUCUCCAUCAUGGAGUCAGCAGUGCUGCUGGCCAUGGCCUUUGACCGCUAUGUGGCCAUCUGCAAGCCACUGCACUACACCACGGUCCUGACCGGGCCCCUUACCACCAAGAUUGGCAUGGCUGCUGUGGCCCGGGCUGUGACACUAAUGACUCCACUUCCCUUUCUGCUCAGACGCUUCCACUACUGCCGAGGCCCGGUGAUUGCCCACUGCUACUGUGAGCACAUGGCUGUGGUGAGACUGGCGUGUGGGGACACUUGCUUCAACAAUAUCUAUGGCAUUGCUGUGGCCAUGUUUAUUGUGGUGUUGGACCUGUUCUUUGUUAUCCUGUCUUAUAACUUUAUUCUUCAGGCAGUUCUACAGCUUGCCUCACAGGAAGCCCGCUACAAGGCAUUUGGGACAUGUGUGUCUCACAUAGGUGCCAUCUUAUCCUUUUACACACCAGUGGUCAUCUCCUCAAUCAUGCACCGUGUAGCCCGCCAUGCUGCACCUCACGUCCACAUACUCCUUGCCAAUUUCUAUCUACUCUUCCCACCCAUGGUCAAUCCCAUCAUCUAUGGUGUCAAGACCAAGCAGAUUCGUGAGCGAGUUGUAGGAUUAUUCCUGAGGAAGAAUGUUUAAAAUGAGAGUGAGUGACCAGUGGAGAAAGAAUGGGGUGAGUUACAUGCUGAGGUUGGAGACAGGUUAAUAUAGGAAGUGCAG